CACUCCUCCUGCAAGGACACGCACCCAAAACGCGCAGUGAUACACAUAUAGCGUUUCAUUUUCCUAUUACAGCAUGUCUUAGACAUCGACAGCCGGGGUCCAAGCUCAUAAGAUAGCUGAUAAUCAUGGAGAAAGGGAACCAAGGUAUUUCUCAUUUUGAUCACUUUCUCCAAAAUCAAGAAUCAUCAGUGGUCAACAAGUUCCAGCAGAAAUACUGGAAAACCAAGCAAACACUGAUUAAAGUCACAGGAAAGAAGGAAGAUGAACAUGUGGUUGCUUCCGAUGCGGAUCUGGACGCUAAACUGGAGGUGUUUCAUUCAGUACAGAGAACGUGCAUGGAGCUCCUUAAGGUGAUUGAACAGUAUCAAAUGAGAAUCAGCCUUUUGUCCCAGGAGGAGAAUGAACUGGGUCGGUUCCUGCGUUCACAGGGCUCUAAGGACAAAAGUCGUGCUGGAAAGAUCAUGCAAGCUACUGGGAAAGCUCUCUGCUUCUCUUCACAGCAGAGAUUGGCGCUGCGAGGUCCGCUGGGCCGUCUGUACCAGGAGGUGGAGACGUUCCGUUACCGAGCUAUUUCGGACACAUGGCUGACGGUGAACAGGAUGGAACAGUCACGGACUGAGUACAGAGGAGCUCUGCUCUGGAUGAAGGACGUUUCUCAGGAGCUCGACCCGGACACACACAAGCAGAUGGAGAAGUUCCGUAAGGUUCAAACCCAGGUGCGUCAUACCAAGACAGGUUUUGACAAACUGAAGAAUGAUGUGUGUCAGAAGGUUGAACUGCUCGGAGCCAGUCGCUGUAAUCUGCUCUCACACGUCCUGACAGCCUAUCAGACCACAUUGCUACAUUUCUGGGAGAAAACCUCUCACACUAUGGCUGCUAUUCAUGAGAGCUUCAAAAGCUGCCAGACUCAUGAGGCUUCAGCGCUGGGGGGAUCAGAUCAAGCUGCAAAGAAAAAGGUAAAGAAGAAAACGAAGGCAAAAGCAGACGAUGAGGAGACGAGUCAGAAUACAGAUGAAACGCUUAUUUCAAUUGAAGAAGAAACUCUGAGCAGUAACCUCAUGCAAACAGGAAAUGAUGACACUUUCUCUGGCGGUCAGGAGAAGGAUGGCUUGAGUUUGUUGAAUGAGAUACUGGGCAGCAGUUCUCUAGAGGACGGGGGUUUCUCACAGGAAUGGCGUGAGGUGUUUGGAGAAGAUGAUCCGACCGGCAGUAGCAGAGCAGAGACGCAGCCACCCGAGGACGAGCCCGCUUUCUUUCUGCCUUCUACUCUACUCGACCAGAACAUGAACGACCUACAGUCCACAGUCUCAGGUUGGACAACAGCCAUUCCACAGAAUAGUCCUGAAAACUCAUCUGUAGCAAGUCAAAUCUCUUCCAAAUCUGCAGUGAAAGAUACUUCAAAAGAUCUCUCUGCUUGGUUCAAUCUGUUUGCCGAUCUGGAUCCGCUGUCAAACCCAGAUGCGAUCGGCCGAACCGAUGAGGAACACGAGCUACUGAAUGCGUAAUCUGUCCUGUUACAGCUGCACUUUAUCGCACUUGUGGCACAAGAGGCCUACAGACGCCUGCACUGGACAGAUAGCAACACUGGUUUCUCUAUGCCAUAGCAGUUAACCUGAAUUAUUUCAUGAAUAAACAUUUGCUGCCAAAGGAAACUAAUAAUAAUCACUCUGGCCUUUAUUCUUUUCCAUUUGCUAGUAUUGUCAAGGCAGUUUGAAUUGCCAUAACAAUGUGGAUUUUCUUGUAUUACAUAAAUGUAUAUACUACUGACACAUUAUCAUUAUCAGCAACAGUAAGUAGUUUGGG